AUGCCCCCAGCAAAAGCCUCAAAAGUCUCUGAGGAAUACAGAAAAGAGAAGAUGAAGGGGAAGAAGAAAAUCCAGGAAGAAAAGGAACCACCCAGUUCACCUUCUGGAUCAGAAGAUGAGGAGCUACUGCAACUUCAAGGAGCACUAGGAUUAGAAGAAACAGUCACGUAUGCUUGCCCACAUAGCAAAAUUCUGAUCAAGGAAUUCUAUGCUAACCUCUCGAAGAAGAUUGUGAGGGCGGGAGACCCGAUGUACCAUCGAGUGUACAUACGGGGAAAGAUCCUACACUUCUCUCCAGCAGUGAUCAACAAGUUCUUAGGAUUGAAGAACACAGUGGUGGCAACCAUGGACGAAUUGGAUAGAGAGAUUGAUCAGAAGGAACUGGAAAUAGCACUCACUGAUAGCUAUGACGAGAAGAGGAAAGAAGAGAUAGCUCCAGUAGACCUGAAUUUCGAAUCUUCAGUUCUGUUCAAGAUCGCCAGAUCCAACUGGUUACCAACUCAGCGAUCGAGUCUGAUCCACAAGAGAUUGGCAAUACUCAUCUAUUGCGUGAAGAAGGGAAUCAAGAUCAAUUAUGGAAGUAUGAUCUUUGAUCACAUUCUGGAUAGAGCACUGAACUUCAGAGCAAGGUUCAGGUUACCCUAUCCAUGCUUGAUUCAGAGUAUACUCACUAAGCAGUGCCCUGAACUCAUUGAUCCAAAGGAGAACACUGAGAUAAUCCAAAAACCUCUGGUGGUUGAGUCAAGGAUCAAAAGGAAGAAGGGAAAAGGAAAGAAGGACUACAAGAAGAUGCUGGAGACUCUCAAGGAUGCUGAGAAAGCACUGAUCAAGAUGGAGCUCGGACUAAGGAAGCAGGUACUCCUCACCUUAAUAUUACUGUUUUUGAUUAUUUCAUCCAUGCCCACAGGGGGAGAAGUUGAGGAAGCCGAAGGAGACCUAGAUUCAGAGGAAGAAGACUCAGAAGAGGAGGAAGAAGGAGAUGAUUCUGAGAUGCCUAAACCAACUCCUAAGAAAGUGGAGGUAUUGAAGAAGUCAGGAACGAGCAGGAAGGCUAGAAGAGCCAGGAGUCCUUCCGAUGACUCAUCACUUCGUUUUUGA